GGGGGAGAAAAAGAGGCGUAACUGGAAACCGGAAAAGCUACUCGCCUUUUUUUGGGCCUUUGCUCCUGCCGCGAUGAUGGCUGCGAGGAACCGGGGGACGGAGCUGGACCUCGGAUGGCUUGCGCAGGUUCGGGUCAACCAACCGGCCGUUCUCCGGCGUGCAGCUCAGAUUCAGACUCAACGGGCUGUGAAAAAGAAUUGGCAGGCAGCUUGGCUUCUCCGGGCCGUCACCUGCAUUGAUCUCACCACACUUUCAGGCGAUGACACCCCCUCGAACGUUGGCCGGUUGUGUUACAAAGCCAAACACCCCAUCAGAGAGGAUCUGUUGAAAGCUGUGAACAUGCACGACAAAGGUACUUCAGAGCAACGAAACCUUGGCUAUGAGACUCGAAUUGUCAUGCUAUAUAUCUCUGUUUCAUGAACUUUCAUUUCUUUUUGUUUCUCCUUAGUGGCAACUGGCUUCCCGGCAGGACAAACAGCCUUGAAAAUCCGCUUGGAGGAGAUCCGGCUAGCCGUGGAAGAGGGUGCCAGAGAGAUUGACGUGGUCAUUAACAGAACCUUAGUGCUGACUGGCCAGUGGGAAGGCCUCUAUGAGGAAAUACGUCAGUAUCGGCAGGCCUGUGGAGAUGCUCAUAUGAAAACCAUCUUGGGUACAGGAGAGUUGGGAUCUUUAACGAAUGUCUACAAAGCCAGUCUUGUUGCUAUGAUGGCAGGUUCUGAUUUUAUCAAGACCUCCACGGGGAAAGAAGCUGUGAAUGCUACCUUUCCAGUCGGGUUGGUCAUGGUGAGAGCUAUUAGAGACUUCUAUUGGAAGACUGGCUGCAAGGUUGGGUUUAAGCCUGCUGGAGGCAUCCGCACAGCCAAAGACGCCCUGACGUGGCUUUCGUUGAUGAAAGAAGAACUAGGGGACGAGUGGCUAAAACCGGAACUCUUCCGCCUGGGCGCCAGCACAUUGCUGGCAGAUAUCGAGAGACAGAUUUACCACCACGUGACAGGCAGAUAUGCGGCUUACUAUGACCUGCCUAUGGCUUAGACCGGUGACUAAUUCAUGAUACGGGAAAAAAAAGAAAGCAAGAGGAUACACGGGGAAGGCUUAAGGGAACAAUGUCCCUGAAUCUUUUCCUGCAGCCGAGCCCAAGAAGUGCUUAUGAAAGGAUUAAAAGGGCUAGUGAUUCCAUUAACCAGUGCCCUGAAUUCUAAAGGUAAACGUGGGAAGCUUUGGAGUGCAAAGAUUUGCAAAGUUAAUUUUGCUGUGGCUCUUUGACUUCCACAUUAAUUGAAAAGUGGAUAUCAGGAAAUGAUGAGCAAAUGAUGGUUUUAGCUCCUUUUUUUGGUGCAUGUGUGGUUAUUUCUGUACCUUGACCAGGAAAAGCAUAGAAAUAAAUUACAACGAAGCA